UCUAUAAUAUUAUUUUGCUAAAGAUUUAUAAUAUUAAUAAUAGACAAAUAAAAAAUCGCAAGACAAUUGCAUAUUUAUAAAUUGUAUAUUUCAGUUGUAUGUGUUAAAUAAACAAAAUAUGUGGAUGUUGAGACAAAAACACAAUAUUUACGUUAGAGUUUUGGUAUGUUAGAAUAAUAAAGUGUGUAGUAUUGAUUUUUCUAAAUUACCAUAUAUAUUUUCUGGUGUACACAUAUAGUUAAAAUGCUUUCAAUGGAAACACCACAACAUCAGGCCAUCUAUGCUCCACUGAGCCAGGCGAUGACAGAUUCUGAUUCCGAAGAAGAAAUUCACAAUUCAACAAAACAUUGUCAGCUGCAACAGUUGCAGGAGCAACAAAAACAAUUUCUACAACAACAUCAAAAAGAACAACGACUCGAUUUGAAUAUAAACUCAAACAAUCGACGUAAUCCACCAAAUACAUUAAAUUUACAGCCAAAAUCGUAUCAACAAAAUCGCCGUAAAUUGCAAAUUGAACGCCAGCGACAGUUGGAAAGAAAUUUAUAUCCCAACUCUCUGAAAUCGGGAACUAACACAACAGUAGGAAACGGGAUACACAAAAAAGGAACCAUUCAAAAUAAUAGUAUGCAAAAUACAUAUCUCCGUUCAGUAAUGAUGUCUGACAUGGGCAUUAAUGCCGAUGGCAGUGGUGGUCCAUGUGAUUCGACUAAUAAUUUCUCCAGUUUUAAUAGCGAUUACGAUGAACGCAAUCAAACUGAUGCCGAUAACGUGGCAAUUUUGGGCGGCAGUGAAUCAACUAAAGAUAUUCAGAUUACGGAGCCUAUGUCACCGGCCCGUCGUUGCUGCUUUAUCGCUUCGCUAUUGCUGUGCGUUCUUACGGUUAUUAUAUUUGUUUGGGUAAUACCCUGCAGUGAGGAUGGUGCUUGUCCGGCGCCAAUUGAUCGUGUUAAAACCCAUAAUUGGUAUAACAAUUACACUAAAAUCGAACUGAAGGGUGGAGUAAAUAUUGUGAGUGGUUUGCGAAGUUGGGAAAAUAAUUUAAUAUUUUUGUAUCGUGGUGAUGCUUUCUUUCCUGAAUUUCGACCGGAUAACUCGAAACGAAAUGGCAUUAUAUCUCUAAUUGGGAGUUCGGGAGCAGUUGCUUGGUUUGACGAGAUGACUGAUGAACCUGUUGCUAUAGAUUGCACAUUGCUAGAUGUCGAUCGUAACGGUCGACCUGAUUGCCUUGUCAUUGAUGAGUAUGGUGAGUUGGGCGCUAUAAAUCCUGUAUCUGGUUACUGGCAUUGGACGUUUAAGGAAAGAUCUGUUCACAAAGUCGAUGCUCUUGAUUUUCCUGUAAUUUUACCAGACUUGGACAACGAUGGUGUUAUGGAUAUUUUGUUGGUAACUAGUGUGACAUUGGAGCAAAGAACUAAACAUUAUAUGCGUAAGGGCGAUGUGGCCAAUAAAAAUGGCCACACUCUUGAGCAAAGAAACUUUUUGAGAAUAUUAUCGGGUAAUAAUGGCCAGCCAAUAGGUGAUGGCUUCAAAGUUAUAGAAUGCGACACCUUACGAAAAUUACAAUUGGAAAAUGCUCAAACGGUUUCCUUCAACUGCAUACAUAACAACACAGAAGCUCAGCGCUCUAAAACAUUGGCUGAACUUUUCUCUCUCAUUACCAACAAAUCUUUAAUGGGGCAAAAACUUGUGCCCGCUUCGAAAAUAUCUCAACAUCGGCAUUAUGGACAAAGAAAAGAUAUCGAUUCUCAGCGCAACAUUUACUCAUUGAGCGGAAGAGAACUUGUGGUUGAAAAUCGCGGAAAAUGUCCAGAAGACUGCAACGUCACACUUAUUUUGAGUGAAAAUCGCAAUGGAAAGGUUUUUAUUCUCCGCAAUUUCACUAGUAGUGGCAUGUAUGGUAUGGUUCCAGCUCAAUGGCAUUUCAAGAACACCAAACCAAAUAUGUCGGGCUUUGUUAUGAAAUUUUGGAAAUGGAACAUAAGCUCGGAAUCGACAAAUGCUCAAUCAACAACAUCUGCAGCCAAUAGCAAUCCUCGCGGCAAUGAAACAUUUCAAAAAACCCAAACCUCCAAAUCAAAAUCAAAGUCAGCUAAAACAACGAAAGAUAAUGCUACUAAGCCCUCUUUUAAACAAAACCACGUACAAAGUAGUUCUCGCGGUAGUGGUACUAGUAGUGACAAUAAAACUGAGAGACGACGUCGUGAUUUGUCCGACAAUCAAUUGUCAAAUGAUGAAUUUGAUGCCUUCGAUCAUCUUAUUCACCAAAGAGAAUCGUAUAACAUCAAAUUGGAAACGAUGCGUUUCAAGCGUAGUACCUCACCCUCAACAAAUGGUACAAAACAAAAGUCUUCGGGCAGUGGUGGCUUGUUAAUGGAUAAUUAUAAUAUGCAAAGAAUUACGGAAUCGGUAAUAUUGGUUUUAUUUAUUGGUGCUGAUACACGCAUCGAGAAUACCUCGCAAAGUAAUAUUGUACAAUUUUGUCGGAGCGAUCGCAAAGAAGUUGUCUGUCAGCCCGAUCUAAACAAUCAAGAAAAUUCUAUGCUAAUAGCAGAUCUAGAUCAGGAUGGUUCACAGGAACUUGUCUCCUAUACUUCAACAUUUGUUCAAGCGAAUGAUGAUCCGCAGGACUGGCGUCUAGUAACUUAUGUGCGUUUAUUGCGUUUACAAUCGGAACUACCAGCAUUUUAUGAGGACGUUAAACACAAUUAGAAUGAAUAAACACAAUCAUUUAAAUACUCUUCUUACGCAUUCUUCUUAUUAAUAAAAACUUAAAUAUUACAUACACAUUUAUAAAUCAAAAAUACUUUCUUUUGUUUAGAAAAUAUUAUUAUGAACAGAAAAAAACCAAAUCAAGUUUAGUAAAGAUAAACGAUACAUUUAGAUUCAAUAUAAAUUAAGCGAUAUGCCAUUAAAUAAUAUUCAUACAUACAUAAAUAGAUAAAUAUAGAAUAUUUCCUUGUUUAUUUAUUAAUAAAAUUAACUUACAUA